UCAUUGCAAUAAAGUUUUUGUUCUCGUGGUUGCGUGAAAACAUCGUUCACUUGUACUGUACAGUACGUGUACAUUGAAUUGUACACCAUGCUUACAAGUUAACCGUAGCCUGAAAAAUAUGCGAUACACUCAAAAUAGACUCAGAUUUUUACAUUAACAUGUAAAAUGAGGCAACAAAUUUUGGAUUAAACUUUAAAGUAUUUAUAAAUAUAUUAAAAAAAAAAAACAAAUGAAUGUGUGCGUGCAAAAUUGUAUUAUUUCUUGGCGUUAGUAUUGUAUUGUUUAUAUAUAUAUAUAUCAAUUGAAAAAGGAUUUCAGUUUAUUCGUCUUAGUUUGAGUAAACAACGGGCUAAAAAUACGGUUCAGGUAUCAAAUUAAAACUUAAUGUGUAGAUGAUGCCGCCGAAGAGAGAUUUGAUCUGCUAACUUUAACCGGAGCAAUUUUGUUGUGUUUUGCAGUUUCAUUAUUGUAAAUACUGAGGUUGAUAAAUGUGCAUUUUAGUUAUUAAGACCACUGUUUUUAUCACCAUCUCCCAACUCAACCAAUCCCCUCCCACUCAAAAGUCCGAGCAACGCUGGGAAUAUGUAGCUAGUACUGUGUUUCAUAUUUUACAAUAGGUGUAUUGAGCAUUUGAAAAAUUACGCAUUAUAUAGUUUAUCAACUCAGACACAUUAACUGACCAUUGAAAUGCCAGAAGACACUGACAAAUUGCAAAGUAAGUCAUGUGAGAUGCUAUUGCUAAAGGACACCAGAAAAUAUAAACCGUAGUUUGUUUAGAAAUUUACAUCGUCGUAUGACUGCAACGAAUUCAACAUAUACGUAACAAUAUGUAUCCGGAGAAUUGAUGCAAGUAUACUAUUGUCGUUUUAUUAUGCACGACACGUAUAGCCUAUGUCAUUCCUUUCGGCCUGAAAUAGAAGCACGUACUGUAUGCUGAUAUGCAAACCAUCCUUAAUUACAAUUUACAUAUACAGUACUGUGAAAUCAACAAUCGUAGACACAACGAAAUGCAGCGAAAUGUUCUAGCAGCAUCGGAAUGCCUCGAAAUAAGUAAGAAAGAAAACGACAAAUCAUCUUCUAAAUCCAAUCUUCAUUAUGGUGUCGAUGAUGUACCUCCUUGGUACAUUAGCAUCAUUUUAGGAAUUCAGCAUUAUUUAACUAUGUUUGGUGGAAUUGUAGCUUAUGCUUAUAUCAUUACUCCAUAUCUAUGUAUAAGGAAGGACGAUCCCGCUCGAGGUUACAUAAUAUCCACAACGUUCUUCGUAUCAGGAAUUGUUACCUUUGUCCAGAGUACAUUUGGGGUCAGAUUGCCGAUUAUUCAAGGAUGUUCUGCGGCCUUCCUGGUUCCGACAAUAACAAUAUUAAAUCUUCCAGAAUGGAAAUGCCCACUUCAUAGUGGUAAUUUAAGUACCGAUUUCACAGAACACGAAUACGAAGAAAUGUGGCAAUCCAGAAUGAGAAUGGUUCAAGGAUCUAUAGCUUGCGCUGCGAUCUUUCAAAUACUUUUAGGACUUACUGGUAUAACAGGAUUCGUAUUGAAAUGGAUUACUCCUUUAGCCAUAACUCCUGUUAUCACAUUGGUAGGCAUUUCUUUGUUUGUAGAGGCUGCUACUUACAUGAGUGGAAAUUGGGCAAUCGGUUUCUUGACCCUUAUUUUGUUGACAUUAUUUUCUCAAUAUUUACGAAAUGCGAAUAUAUCCUGUUGCAUCUACAGUAAAAAUAAUGGGAUUAUAAAAGUCAGCACUCCAAUCUUCGAACUAUUUCCGGUCUUUUUGACUAUAAUCAUAUCUUGGUUAAUCUGUGCAACUUUGACCGCAACCAACGUUUUCUCGAACGGAAAUGCUGCUAGAACAGAUUUGAGAAUAUCCGCGUUGUAUAAUAGUCCUUGGUUCAGAUUUCCAUAUCCAGGUCAAUGGGGAUUACCAACUGUAUCGACAUCAGCUGUGUUGGGAUUUUUAGCGGGUAUGUUCUCAGCAAUCGUGGAAUCAAUCGGAAAUUUCUACGCUUGUGCCAGAAUAUCCGGUGCUCCUACUCCUCCCAUUCAUGCUAUCAAUAGAGGUAUAUUUGUGGAAGGCAUUGGAAGUCUCUUAGCGGGACUUUGGGGAAUAAGUAGUGGAAUGACAACUUAUAGCGAAAAUGUUGGUGCUAUUAGUAUUACAAAAGUAGCCAGCAGACGAGUGGUACAGUAUGGGGCAUUAUUUAUGAUUUUACUUGGUUGUUUAGGCAAAUUUGGUACAUUCUUCAUAACCAUUCCCGAACCUAUUAUCGGUGGAAUCUUCAUCGUUAUGUUUUCUAUGGUUUCAGCCGUCGGGUUGUCUAACCUUCAAUAUGUUAAUCUUAACUCACCUAGGAAUUUAUUUAUUCUGGGUUUGAGUCUGUUCUUAGGAAUCUGCAUUCCUAAAUGGAUAGAAGCUAAUCGUGGAGCUAUAAAUACUGGAGUGCCAAUCCUCGAUCAAAUAUUUACUGUUCUACUCGGAACUGGUUCAUUCGUUGGUGCAGUUUUAGGGUUUUUUCUGGACAAUACUGUACCGGGUUCGGAUGAAGAAAGAGGAAUUACGAAAUGGAAUGAACAAAAGGACGGAACGAACACAUCGGAAAAUAACGACGAUUGUUAUCGAAUGCCAUUCGGUGACAAGUUACAUUGUUCUAUCUUUUCUUUCAUUCCCAUUUGUCCAUCUUACCAAGAAAGGAACAUUUUCCAUAAAUGUAAGAAGGCUGAUGCUGAAAAUGGCAAGAAAAAUGAAUAUGUCAUGGAUGAAAUUCACUUAUAAAUUAUUCGGAAAGUGGAUUAUCACCAAUUUUUUUUCUAUUCGCUAUAAUAAAUUUUAUAUGACAUUGUUAUUCCCGAUACACAAUUUUGUGUACAAAUAUUUAGG